AUGUUCGCAAACAGUUGGAAAGUGAUUCUGAUCGUAGGCGCGUCUUAUGCAGUCGCCGAACCCAGCCGCGCUCUCACACUUUACCAAAAACCCCGAACAUACCCCAUGUUCAUCCCGAAAACCCGACGGAAAUUCUCGCGUAUACUUUUCCUCGACGAGCAAGAAAAUCGUCAGGCUUUAGGAUUAGGUGAAAUAGAUUUAACAAAAAAACACGAUUCGAAAAUCAAAUUUGAUGACUCUACUGACUACGAAUUCACUGCGCCGGAUCACGAAGAACCUUUAAACAUUGAUGGCAAUGACAGGUUUUAUGAAUUGCAAAGGCUACGGCCGUUUCCUAAGUUCUAUCAAGGGAGGUUCGGACGUCCCUACGCACCUAGCUUCGCUUUUGACCCUUACCAAGCGUACGCACCACCUAGGACUGGUUUCUAUGGUCCCAGCGUUUUAAAUAGUGGAUGGAAGGCUCGCAGUCCACGCGUUGUGUUCCCGUACGCCCCGGAUAGUGGUUCGAAUUCCGUAAACUCUGUGAGUUCCGUAAACACCGUCAGUUCCGUACAGACGAACUCGCACGGUGGUCCGAACUUCAAUGACAAUGUUGUGUUCCGGGAUCAGAGUUCCGUGAGUUCCGGGAACGAUGUUGGCGCGGAGGAACAAGGCCUUCAGGAUAUUUCUUCCGGUGCAGAUGCUUUUACGGAAAGAGAUGCCUACGACCCACAUCGAGCUCGAAAUGAAAUCAAAAGCAAUGGACAUAACAUAAAUAAAUACCACUACAAACUAAAAAAGCCUAUGUUUAUCCAAACGGAGGUUUUUAUCAAAAGAAACGCAUACGAGUAUCCGAACGCGACUCACGAAUCAGUGCUGCCAGAAUUUAAGCCUAUAACGGACGCACAGAUGAAAAAAAUCAACGAAAUAAUCAAAGAAUUAAGUGCAAAUAAACGAAAUAGUACAAAUGGUAAGAGGAAAGGAAGAGUAUUAGAUAUAGUACAAGUAGCAGAAACGCCUGAAAUAGAACCUACAAAAAUAUAUGAUAAUGAUAAGAAAGAUGUAGACAGUAACUGCUCGCAAGGUGGGACUUGUGAGUUUUUUUUCUACUGCUGGAUGGUUGGUGGUCUUCUAGAUGGUUCUUGUGGAAGUUUACUCAAAGGCUGUUGCCACAGAUUAGCAAAGGCUGGAUUACUCGGCGUACAAGAUUCCAAUAGCAUAGAGUAUACACCAAACGAAGGCAUUAGCUAUGGCCCCGUUAUAAACGAUGAAAGUUGUGGAGUAGCAGUGGGUAAGCAGACUGCUCAGCGUAGAAUAGUCGGAGGGGAUGACGCGGGCUUCGGCACCUUUCCAUGGCAAGCCUACAUCCGGAUCGGAUCCUCCAGAUGCAACAUGCUUAUGUCGAUUUUCGAGCUUAUCGGUUGGAAGCAGUGUUGGAUAGAGAGAUGUGGAGGCUCCUUGAUAUCGCGUCGUCACGUGGUCACGGCUGGGCAUUGCGUAGCGCGCGCACAGCCGCGCCACGUCCGCGUGACGCUGGGCGACUAUGUGAUCAACUCUGCUGCGGAACCGCUACCAGCGUAUACCUUCGGCGUUAGGACCAUCAAAGUUCAUCCGCUGUUCAAAUUCACCCCGCAAGCCGACCGCUUCGACGUUGCCGUACUCACGCUUGAUCGAAAUGUACACUACAUGCCACACAUAGCACCAAUCUGCCUACCCGAGCGAGGGUCAGACUUCCUUGGCCAGUACGGCUGGGCGGCCGGCUGGGGAGCCCUAAACCCUGGAUCGAGACUUCGCCCCAGAACGCUACAGGCAGUUGAUGUGCCCGUACUAGAUAAUAGAGUGUGUGAAAGGUGGCACAGAGCUAAUGGCAUAAACGUGGUGAUCUACCCCGAGAUGCUCUGCGCUGGCUACCGAGGCGGAGGAAAGGACAGCUGUCAAGGCGACAGCGGUGGACCUCUUAUGUUGGAACGCGCUGGACGCUGGUACCUCAUUGGUGUCGUCUCCGCCGGCUACUCCUGCGCAAGUCGGGGCCAACCCGGGAUUUACCACAGGGUGGCGCACACCGUCGAUUGGAUAUCACACGCCACAACACUCUCAUAGCGCUGAACCUACCAUAUUGGUAGAAUUUCAUCCUUAAAUCUCCCGUUUUAGUAGAAAUUCUCCCUAUAC